AUGCGGGUGCCGGAGUAUUACGAGAUCUUGCAUGUGAGCCCUAAUGCAAGCGCGGCUGAAAUUAAAAAAGCGUACCAGCGCGAGUCGCUGGAGACGCAUCCCGACCGCUUUCCGAACGCGUCGCCGGAGCAGACGCGCGACUAUACGCGCCGCUUCCAGCUAGUAGCUGAUGCAUACUAUAUCCUGUCGGACCCCACACGAAGGCGUGAGUACGACGCUGCACGCCGCGGCGCUUCGCAAGACGAUCCGCACGCGGAUAGCAGCGACGAGGAAGAAAGCGCCAACUUUUUUCGGUCGUUCCGCGGAGCCAAUGCACAGCCGCAGCCGCACCCGCAGCCGCAGCAGAUGUUUGCAGAUGCAUGGAAGGAGAUGCUGCGUCCAGAGGUCGCACAUCCCGGCUCCUUGUGGAAGUAUACAGGGUCGGUGUCGGGCGCACUAUUGGGGUACAUUAUGGCCAAUGUGCCCGGCGCUGUGGGAGGCGCCAUGCUCGGCGGAAAGCUUGGCUCGGUGCGCGAUGUUAAAGGGAAAGCGGUCACGGAAGCGUUUCUCAAUUUGGAGCUCGUCCAACGUGCCGAGAUUUUGCGUGGACUCGCGGCCAAGGUUUUUGGCUCGCUCUGA